UCCUUCACUUCGAAUAAACCUUAGUUAAACCCUAAUAAAUUAAAAAUCCUUGCUUUUCUACCUUCCUUUGCAAAAGACGAAAGAGCACAGAAGACACCAUUCAUCGGUUCGUAAAGAUGGCUGCUAAUAAUCUACCAACAACAGUUGACAAGGAGCAGAUUUUUGGCAUGGCCGAGAAGGAGAUGGAGUACAGGGUUGAAUCAUUUAACAAGCUCACUCAGACAUGCUUCAACAAAUGUGUCGAUAGAAGGUACAAGGACCCUGAGCUAAAUAUUGGCGAAAAUAGCUGCAUUGAUCGUUGUGUAUCAAAAUAUUGGCAGGUGACAAACCUUAUCGGCCAGAUGCUUGGUAAUGGACGAUCACCGAUGUGAAAUUCUUCUACGCCUGACCAUAUAAAGUUUUGAAGAUUUACAGAUAUCAUAUGAAUUAGCAUUAUGGUUUUGUUGUUGCCACCAAAGCCAUGAAAUUUUGAUGUUUUUCUGAGAUUUACAGUAAUGUAUUUUUGCGGUUGGUAAAGAAAUGCAGAUAAGGCAUAUAUGUUUUUCUUCUUUUUUUUAGGAUUAGUUCCAGUGGCUCCGUUCUUUAUAUGGAAGUAUUUUAAUUGAAGUUUUGUCAUAUGAUCCUUCUAUUGUAACUGAAAUUUCCUCUUUCCACAUUUGUCAUUGUUAGACGAAUUUCCUAUCUGACUUUCAAUUUACUUUGACCUUUCUUGUAA